UUAAAUAUUGGGCAAAUUACAAAGAAAAUGGCACAAGUUUUCAAAUAAGAUGAUUUAAUCUAAAAUUGAAAUUAUUCGAAAUAUCUACCUAAAUUUAGAAAUUUCAAUGAUUUAAUAAAAAGUAGUUUUAACUCUAACAAUGAAUUUUAGUCUAACCCUACUAUUUAGACCAAGUUGAUAAAGAAUAUAUUUUUGAUCACGACCAGACCGAUAUUGAGAAUGACGAGAUGGAUGAAAGCUGAGGAAUAAACCAAGUUUCAAGAUCUCUUCAGUUCACUAAUAAACUUAAGAGAGAUAAAGGUUCCGUCUCUUGUCAUAAAACAGAGAGACUCCAGGUCAACCUUGAUAAGAAGAAAUACUAUGUUAAGUGUAAAUCCCAGCAAAGAAGAGAGAGCAAUACCUUUAGAAUGGGUCCAAAUAUUCGCUCUCCCCUAGACCAGCAUCGCAAAUAUUUCCCUAUUUCCAAAUCCAAGGCAUACUCAUCAAGGAUGCUUCUCCUAUUCAUGAACAAAUAACUUGUACCUUUAU